AUGGCAGGCGGCAUUCCGCGCCCCUUGUCGGAGCUGUCCCCUUCGGACAUGAGGAGGAAUUCCCCUAGCUGGAGUCAGACAGCGAACAAAAAAUUGGUACUCACCUCCGACUCCUCGCCAUUCCAGUCUUCCCCUCUAGAGACAGCAACAUCACCACGCCUCUUCUGGCAGAACCGCAACUUGAAUUCCAUCAACAGCGAGAAUAGUCCUUACGGUCGUAGUGGCUCUCCCUCUCCCACUCGCCGUUCCUCCAUUGAGCGCCUGCAGAGAGCUUCCCGUGUGAAGAAUAGCAACAUUCUCGCCCUCGAGCAGAAGCUGGAAUACGAUCCUACCCGCCUGCCCCAGAUUGAGCGCCCGCUUGCUAAGGUCCAGGGCAAUGCCUAUGGUGGGACCGGAUUGAUGGGGCUUCGGUCCGAAUCCGACCGCACAGGGUUCGGCCAUCAUCGCAGCGAGAGCAAGACGAGUGUGCCCCUCGGCAGCCCUUCUACGAGCCCGUCCAAGAAUUCCGUCCAGAUGGCCCCGCCGCCUCCAACUACUGCCACCACCACAAGCGCCACAACAACAACAACGACAACAACGACAACAACAACCAGCCCCAGCAGCCCUACCGACGCCUGCGCAGAGAACAACCCGCCGCCGACUCCUAGCAGGGAACAACCCUCGCCCAUCAAAUCAUCCCUGUCGGCCAGCAGGUUCAAGGGCAGCUUCGACCAGGAGACCGGCGUUUGGUCUGCCGACACUUCGGUGGACGAGCGUGAACUUCCCAGCGGUCGGUCUCUCCAUCGUCAUGCCAAGAGCGUCACGUUCGACGCCGCCCCUCCCCAGAUCAAUGAGUAUGAAAUGGCCACACCAGACAUCUCAUCCAUAGAAUCAAACUCGCGUGAAGGAAGUUACGAAUCGCACGAAGACGACGACGGCGACGACGACGACGAAGACGGAGUACGCCACUACCGCCUCGGCGAUUUCGACGGCCAGGAAGACAGCUUCGACGCUUCAUUGGAGGAUACCGACAAGACGCCCGUCGUAGGCCCUGACGACUGGAGGCACAACAGCGGCCAGGGAGACGAUCCUUUUGAGAGCAGCCCGAUGCCCGAGGCUCGCCCUCAUCACCACUCUGCAGCCAUUCGGCCCUCGCAUAUGCGUACGGACUCUGCCAACUCGGAUCACCGCCCUCUGCCGCCGCUUCCUGGCGAGCUUGCCCGGAGCAACUCGGCUCGCUCGUCACCCGGCCUGUCUGCCACCGCCGAGAGGAUGCUCGGGUCCGGCUCCCACAGGGGCUUGCCCUCCCCUCCCCCCGCUUCGUCCUCCAAACUGGAGAUUCAGAACAUUGGCAACGGCAAAAUGUCCCUCGAGGAGAGGCUGAAGCUUAUGAUGCUUUCAGACGACGUGAAAACGGCCAACGAGCAGCAGAGAGAACGCCGACUCCGCCGUGGCGCUCAGCGUGACCGCUUCCAGAGCCCCACGCCUGAGAUGGAUUCGGUUAAUUCGAGCAUGUUUGAAGCCCAAGAGGAAGAUGACACGAUUGGGGACAUCUCCGGCCUUGAUGAUUAUCAGCUCCCCCCUCGCAUUUCCCGCGAAUCCAUCUUGCGGCGAGUCAACGGCAAUCAGUCGUUGAACAGGGAAUCCGAUUAUCAGUUUUCCUCUCCACCUCCCAGCUCAAGUCCGGAACGCGCCCAUGAUCGACCUCUUCCAUAUGAUCCAGACGUGCCCAUUCCUUCCACGGAGGAGCCUGAUCUGGCUGAGCUCACCCUGCACGACGAAGAUGACAGCGUGAUUAUUCAUCGCGACCUGGACAAGGACGCCGAUUUGGACUCCAUCACGGACCUAUAUCACCGGUCGGACUCGCGCCUGGACGACAACGAUGAUGAUUCAGCCAGUCACUACUCUGAUGAGUUUCGCAGGUCUGACAUGCAUGAGUCUGAGCCUCACGUCCAGGAUGUCAAGGUUCAAGAAGUUCAUGUGACCCAUGUGAGCCAGACUGAAGACGAGGUGACCACACCUCGGGCUGUCAGCCCAAUUGAAGAGACGCCCCCGCCUCGCCACCAUACUAGCGAGUCUGUCGAUACGGGCUUGCCGGACGUGAAGGAAAACUCGGACGCUGUCUUCUCUAAAGGCCUGUCCACCUACAUGCUUCCUAGGCCUGACGAGACUCCGGCUCCCGACAAAGACCUGGAGUCUCCCGCCAAGUCAACGGAUAACCAGGCCCCCACGAAGCGGCCUUACACGCCCGAGCACCUGUCUAAACCUGAAUACGACGGGUCCGGCUGGGGCGAUCCCGAGGGCGAAUUUGAAGAACCGGGCACACCCGACUCCGUCAUUCGUCAUCCGGUGCCCCUGGAAGAGGAGGACGAGGAGGACGAGGAGUACGAGCAGGACAUGGAAGAGGUGAAUGAGGAGGAAAAACAAGAGGAGGAACUCGUAGAGUCCCCCGUCGUCCCCGAGAGACAGGCGACGAUCAAGUCUGCUUCCGGCUCGAAGUUGAAGACCCGCCCUUCGGCCACUCCGUCUGACCUUGUUGCCAUGCGAGAAGCUCGACGGCAAGUCAGUCGCGAGGUUCCCGACGUGCCUCCCAUUCCACAACGCCAUCGCAACCGUAUUUCGCGCGACCUGGAAGCCGAACGCGAGGUGGAAGAGACGACGGGCGACGACUUCCUUGAGCGGCAUCCGAGCUUUAAGAAACGAAGUCUGACGUUGGAUCUCGACAUUGGCCUCAGUCUUGAUCAAGAUUUCGAGCGGGUGAUCGAGGCACAAAAGGUGGCUUUUGACCAACACACCAUCCAGGCACCCCGUAUUGCCACUGCGAGCCUAAGCAGACAAGCGUCUCAGGCUCCCUUGACGUCCCAAAAUACAGGCGCCUCUGAAAGAAGCAUGUCACAGAAUGCUAACAUGACUUGCCACAAACAGCGCGGUUACCUGAUGCGCCAGAACACCAAGCUGGUUGCGGCCAGCGACAAGGAUACGGACGACCCGUGGAAGGCCCGAUCGGCGGGUAAUUCACCCGUCAAGAGGGACCGCCCGCAAACCUGGACAGUAGAACCAUGGAAUAGCAAGACAAAGCAGAGAAGCUUGCGAAACAGACAGGGGACAGGUGGACCCGUGCCACCGUUGCCCGGACACGAGAGUAACGCCCAGGAGGCGGCCCAGGUCUACGACGACGUAAACCCCGAAUUGGCGACCGAAGAGAGCGGAGAACGAGGCAGGCUCUUCGUGAAGGUCAUGGGAGUCAAGGAUCUUGACCUCCCCCUGCCCAAGAAUGAACGGACAUGGUUUAGCCUCACUCUUGACAAUGGUGUCCAUUGCGUGACGACGGCGUGGCUGGAACUUGCUCGGAACGCUCCCAUCGGCCAGGAGUUUGAGCUGGUCGUGCCUAAUGAUCUUGAAUUCCAGCUGACCCUGAACGUGAAGCUGGACAAGCCGGCGCCGGUCAAGAAGGUGGUCUUGUCGUCCACUAAGGUUAGUAAGCCCAAGACGUCGACCUUCAGCAGGGUGUUUGCGUCGCCCAAGAAGAGAAAGGAGAUGGAGCUCCGGCAACGGGAGGAGGAGGAACGUCUCGCAGCACAGCAGCGCGAGGCACAAGCCAGGCAGAUGAAUGCGGCGGCGCCGACGUCUUGGGACCUCUUGUCGCCACUGGCUGCCGAGGAUGGCAGCUUCGCCCGCGCGUACGUCUGUCUCAAGGAGCAUGAGCCGCGCUGCUACGGGCGGCCCUACCUGGUCGACGUGGCCUGCUUCAACGAGUGGGCGACCGAGGAGGCGUCGUUCGCUUCCAGCGUGAAGAGCAAGCGGGGCAACACGGCGGUGGUCCGUCGCGCACCUUACAAGAUUGGCAACCUCGAGCUUCAGCUCCUCUUCGUGCCCCGCCCCAAGGGCACGACGGACGAGGAUAUGCCUAAGAGCAUGAAUUCUUGCAUCCGAGAACUCAGGGCAGCCGAGGAGCGGCUUGCCAGAAACUGGGAGGGACACUUGAGUCAGCAGGGCGGUGACUGCCCGUACUGGCGCCGAAGAUACUUCAAGCUCGUGGGGACGAAGCUGACGGCGUACCACGAGGCUACGCGGCAACCUCGUGCCACGAUCAACCUCGGCAAUGCCAAACGCUUGAUCGAUGACCGUCGCGCACUGACGGAGAAGGAGACCACGGGCAAGGGCGGCAAGCGUCGGCGAUCUGCUUUCGCGGAAGAAGAGGAAGGCUACAUGUUCGUCGAAGAAGGGUUCCGUAUCCGGUUCAACAACGGCGAGGUGAUCGACUUUUACGCCGACACGGCAGCGGAUAAAGAAGGGUGGAUGAAGGCACUCGGCGAUGUCAUUGGGCGUGGCGAGACGGGCCUCGAUGACGACAGCAACGGACGACGAAUGAAGGCGAAGUGGUGUGAGCUCGUCCUUAAGCGGGAAGAGGCAUUGCGUCGACGGGCCGAAGGUCGCCGAACGCAUUCGCGGACCAAGAGCACCUAUAACUGA